CGCCCCUCCCUCAUGUGUUCUCCGCCGGCGUGGUUGGCGGGCCCGGAGGCGCCACGGGGUGCGCCCGUCCCGAGACGCGUUGUGGAGUCAAGCCUCAGUUAUAGGACCCGUGGUUGGGCAGCUCAGACAACUAGCCUCAAACCAGCCCUCACGGAUCCAGAAUCUGACAGAGUCCCCGUUUUGCACUCGUUUGGCCUGGCUAGUCGUGACCAUUUCUGUUAGCCUAAAAGGGUGUUUUUAUACUAUUCGGAACUUGGCCUAGCAGAGGUGGAGAGAGGAGCAUAAUGUCAUUUUUAGGUCGUAUUCUGCGUUAAAAUGUUUUGCCCCGAUGCAUUACGUGAAUAAUAACAAUUUUUUUCUUACGUUAAUACGGGUGCAAUUUGUGCUUAGCCUUUGCGAGCAAUAUGAAAAUGCCGAAAUGGGAAUUCGGGGCGCUAGGAAGUGUGAGUUCUACCGUUUAACAAAUUUAAAUGCACAGACAACAAUAAUUCACCCACAUUGUUGAGCCUCGGGUCUGAAUUUAUUUCCUCUCUGGUCUGUACCAUUACUACCCAGUUGUGAUUGGAGGAGACGUAGUUCCUUUCAGGCACUCUUGCACAGUGCUGAAGAUUUGGUCUUAUGUGUUCCAUCUGUGUUCGGAGUUUUACUUAAUUACCCCAUUACGGAACCUUUUCAUGUGUCCAGUAUUCCUUUUUUUAAUACACUUUCGACUUGACAGCGAUGGGUUUGGUUUUGGGUUUUUUUUUUGCUGUGAGCAUCACUGGGCAUAUAGCUUUUUCCUUCUUUCCUUGGGAUAAAUUCCCAGAAGUGGAAAUACUGAGUUGAAUUUAUGCAUCUCUUUUGUGACACAUGAUAGAAAUGCCUUUCCAAGUAUGGCAUGUUUACAAUGGACGUUUUUUGAAAUAAGGAUACUUGUGCAUACGUUAUUUGAGGUCCACACUCAUUCUGUGGGAUUCAGCCUGGGUCUCAAGUCAGUUUUGUGUGGUAUUGAGACAGGCUGUGGCGCCUCCAUUGAAUGUAACUAACUACUACAAAUCAGACUGAGGGCAAAAUAAAGGUCUCUGCCACUUACAGGUCUUGCAUCCUGGGGGAAGUUUCUUUAUCUCUAAACCUCACUCUCCCCAUUAAAAUGGAUUUAAUUCUCACAUCAUUGGGUUGUCAUAAGAGUUCAGAACACUCAGCACAUUGCCUGGUGUGUUCUAAAAUGGUCAGUAAAUGUUACUUAUAAGGAAGGGUUCUAAUGCCAGAAGGAGCCAGGUGUGUGGGAUCACAGAGGAGUGGAAGAUUAAUUUGAAUUAGAUUUUGUCCUUCAAAUUCUCCUCAGUAUUGACAUACAGAAAGCAAAUUUUCUUUGAGUGAGGUACAUCUAUAAUAAAAAUACGGUCCUUUAUACUUUGUGAUGCCUUUUAGUUUAUAGGCUACUUUCAGUUCCAGUUAUUAAAUCAUUGCAGUUAUUGAGGUCAGGCUUUAUUCAACAAGAUUGUGCCAGGUGCCCUCUAGGCACUGGGGUACAGCUAAAAAUAUAAUAGUAAAAGCGUCUCUGCUGUGCUGAGACUCUUUGUGUCCAGAAGGGACAGUUUGAAGCCCAGAGAGGCCAAGUGACUGACCCACAGCCUUGUAGCUAGUAAACCACCAAAGGCAAACCCAAGUCUUUCGCUCAGCAUCUUUAGAUAAGUGUUGAACUGAAACAGUGGAUGCUUUUAGAGGGAAACUAACGGACAUACUUUAAUGCUGAGCCUUCCUCAUCUGAAAUAGAGGUGAAUGGUUUUGAAAUAACCACCAGCAAGUGAUCUCUCUUGCUGUGGGCUCCAUUCAUCAGAUGUAACAGAUUCACAAAUCUCAUUCGAAGACGAGUGUGAUUUGGUUUUUACAAGAUGCUGAGAUUCCUUGUAAAGAGUGUGUUAUCGUCUAUGUUAUAAAUAAUUCUUAACACAUUAUAAAUGUGCAAGCAACUGAAGUUUGGGGGAAAAACUGGAAAUGUUAUCUUGAGAAUAGCCUUUAAAAUUCACUUUUCUUGAAGCUUAGCAAUUGGUAAAAAGCACAACCUGAAUUUUCAUCAGGUAGGAGAGAACUAAAAACAGCUAGAACACCCUGAUGUUUGACUAGCUUGGGAAUCCAGUUACUCACAGAACAGGAUUAUAUUGAUAACCAUUUCCUUAGUCUCUGCAGACAAAUGGACUGUCCUUCUCUAGCCCGCCUACUGCCAUUUUAAGGGUGGUCUUAGGUUAGGGUUCCAUUAUAGCAGCCUAAUAUUUGAAGAACUGGAACUUGGGAGAGGAUGGUCAGGGUGAUGACUGGAAUUUAAACUAUGACAGACAAGGAAACACUCCAGAAAAUUUGGAGAAGAGAUUACACAGAGGCAAGGGACUCUUGAGGUAGGAUGAGAGGGCUGUCCUGUAUGAGAGGAGUUGGCUCUUUUCCCACAAAUCUUCAAAGGAAGGAAAAGGACCAGUGGAUGGAGGCUGCAGGGAGAGAAAUCUCAGCAUUUCCUAAGGAAGAAUUUGGAAUGGAUGGGCCCUCAGAGGAUUGUGGGCACCAGUCCCUGGGAGUGGUUCCUUGGCAGGGAUGCUGGAGAUGGGCUUCAAACAGGACUAUGGACAGCAGGACCAAAUUGCCUCUAAGAUCUCCUACCCCUAAGGAGGAAUUUUGUUGUCAGAGAAUAAAAGGAGGUUGUCCGUAAUUGACUUUAAGCAGCAGACAGUAAAAUAUUAAGUCUAGCCAUCGGCUUCACUGAGCUCUUCAGCUCCGCCUUUCUUGCUCUGAGAAUUGGAAAACCAAGAGGGCUUUGAUGUUUUGUGUGGCAUCAUCUGAAUUAGAAACCAAGAUGAACAUAACCAAAGGAGGCCUGGUGUUGUUUUCAGCGAAUUCAAAUUCAUCAUGUAUGGAGCUUUCAAAGAAAAUUGCUGAGCGGCUGGGGGUGGAGAUGGGCAAAGUGCAGGUUUACCAGGAACCUAACAGAGAAACAAGAGUACAGAUUCAAGAGUCUGUGAGGGGAAAAGACGUUUUCAUCAUCCAAACCGUUUCAAAGGAUGUGAAUACCACCAUCAUGGAGCUCCUGAUCAUGGUGUAUGCCUGUAAGACCUCUUGUGCCAAAAGCAUCACCGGCGUGAUUCCCUACUUCCCUUACAGCAAGCAGUGCAAGAUGAGAAAGAGAGGCUCCAUUGUCUCCAAGUUGUUGGCUUCGAUGAUGUGCAAAGCUGGUCUGACUCAUCUCAUUACUAUGGAUUUACACCAGAAGGAAAUUCAGGGGUUCUUCAAUAUUCCUGUUGAUAAUUUAAGAGCAUCUCCCUUCUUGUUACAGUACAUUCAAGAAGAGAUCCCGGAUUACAGGAAUGCAGUGAUUGUGGCCAAGUCUCCAGCCUCAGCCAAGAGGGCACAGUCUUUUGCGGAGCGCCUGCGCCUGGGGAUCGCUGUGAUUCACGGGGAAGCGCAGGAUGCUGAGUCCGACCUGGUAGAUGGGAGGCACUCCCCGCCCAUGGUCAGGAACGCUGCUGCCAUCCACCCCAGCCUGGAGAUCCCCCUGCUGAUUCCUAAAGAAAAGCCUCCAAUCACAGUUGUUGGGGAUGUCGGAGGAAGGAUCGCCAUCAUUGUGGAUGACAUCAUCGAUGACGUUGACAGCUUUCUGGCUGCAGCGGAGACCCUGAAGGAAAGAGGGGCGUAUAAGAUCUUCGUGAUGGCGACCCAUGGCCUGUUAUCUUCAGAUGCUCCGCGGCUAAUUGAAGAAUCCGCCAUCGAUGAGGUGGUGGUUACCAACACAAUUCCACAUGAAAUCCAGAAACUCCAGUGCCCCAAAAUUAAGACUGUGGAUAUCAGCAUGAUCCUUUCAGAAGCCAUCCGUCGGAUUCACAACGGAGAAUCCAUGUCCUACCUUUUCAGAAAUAUAGGCCUGGAUGACUGAACGGCUUCUCUUUUUUUUAUAACCCCCAAGGGCCAAACUGGAACCGCACAAACCAGACCAUGGACUGCAAUGGAUUAUGCUUGGCUUUGCAUAUUUCACAGGAGCCAUUUUGUUUUCCCCCCAAUACCCUUUCUUCUUGUUAAUUCUAAUGAAGAUAGACUUAACUUUUUAUGUGGGUUUGGGUGUUUGUGAGUUUUUUUGGGGCAAUUUUUAUAAAAGAAAAACUUUAUUCUCCUCUUAAGAGCUAGUUGUUUUUGUUUAGCUAUUUAAAAGAUAACACUUAGCUUAAGCUCACAAACAGCCUUUUUCCAAAGUUGCUUGAGCUCAAGUGCUUAAUAUUAAUAAAAUAGAGUGGUCUACUGUAUGGUACCUGCAAUUGAAAAGUCAGAAAGACUGUACUGUUGAAUCCAAUAAAUGACAUUUUUAGAAAUGUUUUUUAUAGGCAGGUGUAUGAAAUAAUGUGAUCAUAUUUAUUUUCUGGAACAAAAGAAGGAAUAAAACUUUGUUGUGUGUGCAUGUGUGCUUUCUAACUCGGUGUUUUGGCAGUUUUAUAACUAAAAAAUGAAAGGAAAUUAACACGCUGUGGAUGUAGAAAUACGCAUUGGCUUGCUAAGUUUUCUGCAGCUUUUGGGGGUUACAGUAGACCAUUAUCUCUUAGGAUGUAAUAUUUCCUGUCUUGACUGUCUGUCAAAGACCCUGAAAGUUCAUGAUGCAUAGUAAUUUUGUUGUUUAUUUAUUUAUUAAUUUCUAUUGUGCCUUAAGUGACGCGUAGUAAUUUGACGUAGGAGAGGGGGGUUGAAACACCAGAAGGGAGGUCUGUAGGGCAGUAGGUCACUGAGCUGGAACAUGAGCUGGACAUCUGUUUCUUGGCUUGGCUUUGUUCUCUGUACCUUGUCCAGCAGUACAGCCAUUCUCGAAACAUCCUCUGGGAGGAUUAGAUGCCAGAGUGGAGUCACGAAGGCCAGGCGCUGUGACGCUUGUCAGUGUCACAGGUCUAAGUAUUGCCUGUGUUUUUUCUACCUCAAAGUCUAUCAGACUAAGCUUCUGUAGCACACUGGGGCCCCAGGAAUUAUGCCAGCAUGUUCUCACCAAGAGCAUGUUGUGGCAGCAGUAUAAGACUUUCUCACAAAGAAAAGAUUGAGUUUCUUUAAAAAAGAAAAUAGUAAGCCUUUACUUUCUGCCUGUCUAUGCUAGACUGGAGCAAAAUGGCAGUUGAUUUAAGCACAGAAUGAAGAUUAGCCAUUGAAGAGAGAGGCGUGGGAGCCAUGGCUGUGCUUCUGGAAGCUGCCUCCUAGCUGUGCCCACUGUCAGGGUGUCGGUGCUGGCAGGACUGUGGAAGUUCAGCUCCCCUCCUGGCCCUCCACAUUUCACUUUUGAGGAAACGAUGCAGAGAAAAGGGUGUCCCACCCCCAGGUUUUCGAAACCAGUUCAUAAUAGAGCCGUUUAUUUUGAAAACGUCCUUGCUCUCUUUGAGAACCUGUUUCUGGAAAUAGGAACUUUAGACCGUCACAAAUGUGCUUAGUAAAUAUGACACCAACAGCUCCUUUUGGCGGGGCUUUUGUCAGUAGCAGCUUGUCAUCCUUCACCCAUUGCCACAUGAAAAGAAGGGCUUUGGAAACAAGGCCUCCCUUCCAGCCUGUGUCCUUGGGACCCUCAAUAGUCCUGUGAAAUAAGCUGGAGAAGCAUCAGCAGCUACUCUCAUUUGUGACUCUUGGCAGCAUUUGUCUUUCUUCCUUUCUGCACCUUCUGACACUAUGAGCAUUUUCUGAUACAGUUGACAGUUGAUGAAGUCACCCUGGAGGUUCCUUUCAAGAUGAGUGACAAGUAUUUGCUGAACCAUCUCAGAGGCCCCGUGGAUGGGCUGCAGGGCAGCUGCCCUCCCUGAGGUUGCUGAAUGAAAAUGUUGCAGAACUGGCCAGGGGAAGAUGGGCUUUGCUGUAGAAUCUGUUUCUGAGAAAACAUUAUUUUGAGCCCACAUAGUAGGAAGUUUCCUCAGAGUGGCUGUUGUCCUCCAUGGGCUUUCUUGAUACGUUGUCCUUAAUGAAGAAAAAAACAGAAGAUGAAAAAAGACGUGUAACAGGAGUGUCUUCCUCUGGAAAACGAGCUUGUGGUGAAGCCAGGACCCUUCUAAUUCACAAGUAUUGAAUGUACAGUACUGUCCCUGGAAGGGCCCAGAACCUCAGUGGGGAAAUACCUAGGCACCCUGCAGGGACGGAGAAAGAGCAGCUGUUCUGGAUGGGGACCAGGAAAGAAAACAGGUGAGCCUGACCUUGAAGAAAAAGUGAUUCUGAUAGAGCAGGCCAAGGUUUCCAAGCAGAAGGACUCAUAGGUGAUAGUGCUGAGUGGAGCAGGAGAACGAAGGUGAGGGGGCAGGAGAUGGAGGUAGGCCCAAGGGAAGAGGCCAUGGAAGGUAAGUGUAGCAGGUUGGGUUCUUUGCUACGGUGUGGGGCUGUAGACUCUGUGGUCCGCAGGAGUAUACAGUGGAAAGAAGUCUAUCACCCAAGCCCCUCAGUUGCCCAGAUUCCCUUCUAAAGGUGGCCCCUGAUUCCAGCUUUUUGUGUGUCGCUGGCUUUUCCCCAGUCAGAGAAGCCCUGUUUGCCCUCUAAACUCCUGUCUCCACCUCUUGGCUGGAGAUGUGUGGAUUUGAACCUAGAAAUUCUGUACUAGAAAAAAGCCUGAUAGUUUUCAGUUUUGAUUGUGAUGUCAUCCCAGACACAUGUGGUUAAAACAGUGCUCUCAGGGCACCAAGAACACAGAUCGGUGCUCCCACUGGGCGUGAGUGAAUGGGGGGUUGAACACAGGAACACUCUUCGUUAAUUUGCUUAUUGUUACUCAUCGUUCCUUCACAGCCUCUGAGGCCCCGCUACCCACCACGGCUCCUCAAACUAGGAUUCAGAACAAAGCUUCAUGCUUCCCAGCCCAGUGCUCUUUCCUGCCAUUCCAAGCAUAUCCUGACUAAAUGCUUCCCAACCCCAUGACAUGGGGUAUAUCGUGGAUUGAAUUGUGUCCUCCACAAAUAUAUGUCAGUUUGGCUAGGUCAUGAUUCUCUUGUACGACAGUUUCCCAUUUUCUGAUGUGAUUUCCCUAUGUGUUGUAAAUCCUAUGACUAUGAGGUAAUAAGUUGGAUUAGUGGCAGUUAUAUUGAUGAGGUCUACAAGAUUAGGUAUGUCUUAAGCCAAUCUCUUUUGAGAUAGAAAAGAGAGAAGCGAGCAGAAGGACAUGGGGACCUCAUACCACCAAGAAAGCAGUGCUGGGAGCAGAGCUUGUCUUUUGUACCAAAGAUUCCUGUGCUGAGAUGCUCCCAGACCAAGGGAAGACACGCAUUGCAAGGACCUUCCUCCAGAACUGACAGAGAAAGCCUUCCCCUGGAGCCAGCACCCUGAAUUUGGACUUCUAGCCUACUGGAUUGUGAGAGAAUCAACCUGUCUUUGUUAAAGCCGUUCACUUAUAUUUCUGUUAUAGCAGCACUAGAUGACUAAGACAGGGUGUCUGGUGGUGCUGAGAGAGCACCUAGGGAUUUCUUGAAGGACUUUGGCUUGGCUGCUUUGUGAGUCUUGAUCUGAAUCCAAAGAUUGUUGAGUGGCAAACCUGCCUGCCAGGUUUUGGGUGGUGGGACGUGUGUCCAAGAAUUUCAGGUUGGCCAACUGCUGUGGAAACAACUAGUAAUGAAGGCUACAACUGAUGAAGCUCCUACUGCACACAGGCUCUGUCCCGACCUUUGACCUCACUGCCCUGGGUUCUUGCAGUGACCCUGUCUCAUGUGUCAGGCAACUGGCCCAGAGAGGCCAAGUGCUUUCCCACUGGCCAGUGUCAGGCUUUGAACCUGUGUCUGUAUAAUCCUAGAGCUAACCUUUCUUUUGAUACCAUGUGUCAACCAAACACCUUGUGAUGGCCAUGUCCUUCUGCACAUGUAUGGAAGUAAUCAUCCUUAUGAAGCAGAAGUUAACAAUUUUUCAAGCUUGAUAUUAGGGUUUGAUCAAAGCAGAAACUUUCAUUGUUGACAUUGAACGUUUAGUACUUUGAGUGUUGCUGAAUUAGAAUUGUGCAGGGUUCAAAUACCCUCUCCCAUUUAAAGUCUUCCUUGUCUGUGAGUAUGGUUUUCCUUAGGAAACUCUUGAAAGUAAGUUACCUUUUAUCCAAAAAGAAUAGGCUUCUGAGUUUUAAAAGGCCUUAGAGACCUUAGCGUUUGAAGAUCCCUCAGUGGCUGGGGCAUGCUGGGCCUCCUACAGAGACGUGUUGAAGAGCAGACUCUAUACUGGUUGUGGCUGGGGUGUGAACAGUUAUCUGCAGUGCAGUGGCUCAGCACAUGAACCCAGCCAGGCACAGGGGACACACGGAGGAGAUAGGAGCCAAGGAAGACUUCACAAAGGUAAUGACAUCUCAGCAGGGUCUUGAAGGAUGAGUAAAAGUUUAUCUGACAAAGCAGUAGAAGGGCGUUGAGGUUUGGGGUAUAACAGUCUGGUUCGUGUGACCAGAGAAUAAAGUUAGAACUAGGGAGCAGCAGUAGAUGGAGCAGGAGAGGGAAGCAGGGGCCAUGUCAUGGAGGGCCUGAAUGCCAGACCUAAGAGCUUGAUGUUAUGAGUGGUAGGAUCCAUCAGAAGGUCAUUUUUAAGCUACUGUGUCAAGUCAAGGAUUAAAUUUUAGAUUAUUCUGAUAGAUUAAAUAAAGUGAGACUGGAGGCAGGGUGUCUAGUGCUGCUGUAGAAGAAAUACAGUUAGGAGGCUUUAACAGAAAUUUACUUUCUCAUGGUUUAGGAGGCUAGAAGUCUGAAUUCAGGGUGCCAGCUCUAGAGGAAAGCCCUCUGUCCUUUCUGGAGGAAAAUCCUUCUCUCUUUCAGCUUCUCUUCCUUGGAUUCUUGGUGAUCUCCACAUAACAUUAGUCUUUCCAUAUUUGUGCUUCCUUGCUUCUGUGCCUAAUCUGAGCAAGUUAUUAAUUUCUCUCUGCCUCUGUUUCUUCAUCAGAGUUGGAGGGUUGAAGGCGGGCAGUGCCUGGGCACAUAGUGUUGACCAUGAUGAUGAAGAUGAUAUUAUUGCCCUGGGGACUGACUCCCAGGUUCCUGGCUGGGAGUGGCUGCUGGCACUGUCCACUGAGCUUUGGGGAAGAAUAGAUUUGGUUGCAAGGAUGGUGAGGGUUGGGUUAUCGAGUGUGAGGUGCUUGAGUGGAGCUGUUUUGAGGCAACUGGACAUGAGCAUCUAGGGCUCAGCCACCAAGUUAGUAAUUUACUUCAGACUCAGUUUCGUACUCUGGUCUGCAGGGAAACUCAUAAUGAAUGGCUUGUAUGAGGAUUAAUUGAAUUCGCAUAAACACAAGUGCCCAGCACGGGAUGAACAUUUAGAAACUGUUGAUUGUCUGGGACUAAACUAGUUAAAGAAGUUUUGGUUCUGUCAUGGAUUGAAUUGUGUCCCCCCAAAAUAUCUGUCAAAUUAGCUGGGCCAUGAGUCCCAGUAUUGUGUGCCUGUCCACCGUUUUAUGUGAUUUCCCUAUGUAAGUCUUAUCACUAUGAUGUAAUGAGAUGGAUUAGAGGCAGUUAUAUUGAUGAAAACUAUAAGAUUGGAUAGUGUCUUCAGCCAGUCUCUUUUGAGAUACGAAAGAGAAGUGAGCAGAGAGACGGGGGGUGGGGGGGUCUCAUACCACCAAGAAAAGAGUGCUGGGAGCAGAGCACGUCCUUUGGAGUUAGGGUCCUUGUACGGAGAAGCUCCUAUUCUGGGGAAAGAUUGAUAAGAAGGCAGAGAAAGCCUUCCCCUGGAGCUGAUGCCCUGAAUGUGGACUUUCAGCCUACUUUACUGUGAAGAAGUAAAUUUCUGUUUGUUAAAACCACCCACUUGUAUUUCUGUUACAGCAGCACUAGAUAACUAAGACAGGUUCUUACCUACUGUCCUUCGCAAAGAUCUCAACAAAACUCUCUUCAGAGCCUAUCUACUCAGUGAUUUGAAACAGCCGGAAAUGGUAGCCAAGGUGAGAGCAAAGGCAGGUUCAUAAGGAGCACCUUCUGUGGGCUGACGUGCUGGUCUGAACUGAGGCCUGAGGUGUUAAAAAAAAAAAAAAAAAAACUCAAACCAUUCAGAAGUGUUUAUACUCUCUUUUAAAAAAGUGAGGAUGCUGUCUUACCCUCACCCUUCACUCCCUCUUAUUAGCAGUUUCAUGUGUAAACUUGCAAAACAUUUCAGUUAUUUAGACAUAAAUUUUUGUAUAAAUAAGGGGCAAGUAUGCAUAUUGUUUUGUAGCUUUCAUUUUUCACUUAAAAAUGUGUCACCUUUAGUGACAUCGCUGAGUUUUAGAGUAGGGAAAUCCAAAACUUCGCCGCUCCACUAAAGCAAUGAUUAAGCUGGCACAAAAUUGUCAGAAUCUUUUCAGAAUUCUGGAAUCUAGUUAAAAACUGAUGACACCAGAGGAAUGCUUAAUGAAGAGAGAAACUGCUACAUUCUUUUUUUUUUUCUUGUGCUAAGUGUUAAGUGAAAGUUUACAAUUCAAGUCAGUUUCUCAUACAAAAACUUAUACACACAUUGUUAUGGGACCCAAGUUGUUCUCCCCAUAAUGUGACAGCACACUCCUUCUCUCCACCCUGUAUUUCCUGUGUCCAUUCAACCAGCUCCUGUCCCCUUCUGCCUUCUCAUCUCAUCUCCAAACAGGAGCUGCCCACAUAGUCUCAUAUGUCUACUUGAGCUAAGAAGCACACUCCUCACCAGUAUCAUUUUAUGUCUUAUUAAAAAAAAAAACCCAGUGCCGUCAAGUUGAUUCCGACUCACAGCGACCCUAUAGGGCAGACUAGAACUGCCCCGUAGAGUUUCCAAGGAGAGCCUGGCAGAUUUGAACUGCCAGCCCUUUGGUUAGCAGCUGUAGCACUUAACCACUACGCCACCAGGGUUUCCUUUUAUGUCUUAUAGUCUUUGAAGAGUUGGCUUCGGGAAUGGUUUUAAUUUUGGGCUAACAGAGAGUCCAGGGGCUAUGACCUUUGGGGUCCCUCCAGCCUCAGUCAGACCAUUAAGUCUGGUCUUUUUACUAGAAUUUGAGUUCUGCAUCCCACUUUUCUCCUGCUCCAUCAGGGAUUCUCUGCUGUGUUCCCUGAUAGGGCAGUAAUCGGUGGUAGCCAGGCACCAUCUAGUUCUUCCGGUCUUAGGCUGAUGGAGUCUCUGGUUUAUGUGACCCCUUCUGUCUCUUGAGCUCAUAUUUUCCUUGCAUUUUUUGUGUUCUUCAUUCUCCUUUGCUUCAGGUGGGUUGAGAUCCAUUGAUGCAUCUUAGAUGGUCACUUGCUAGCUUUAAAGACCCCAGAUGCCACCCACCAAAGUGGGAGGCAGAGCUUUUUCUUAAUACGCUUUGUUAUGCCAAUUGACCUGGGUGUCCCCAGACCCCUGUCCCUAUUAUUCCAUCCCUUGAAGUGUUUGGUUGUAUUCAGGAAACUUCUUAGCUUUUGGUUUAGUCCAGUUGUGCUGACUUCCCCUGUAUUGCGUGUUGACCUUCCCUUCACCUAAAAUAAUUCUUGUCAACUAUUAGUGAAUACCCCUCUCCCUCCCUCGCCACCCUCAUAACCAUUGAAGAGUGUUUUGUUCUGUUUAAACCUUUUAAGUUCUUAUAAUAGUGGUCUCAUACAAUAUUUGUCAUUUUGUGACUGACUAAUUUAACUCAGCGUAAUUCCUUCCAGAUUCAUCCAUGUUAUGAGAUGUUUCAUGAAUUCAUCAUUGUUCUUUAUUGUUGUGAAGUAUUACAUUGUGUGAAUAUACCAUAAUUUGACUAUCUGUUCAUCCAUUGAUGGGCACCUUGGUUGUUUCCAUCUUUUUGCUAUUGUAAACAGUGCUGCAGUGAACAUAGGUGUGCAUGUAUCUAUUUGUGUGAGGGCUCUUAUUUCUCUGAUAUAUUCCAAGGAAUGAGAUUGCUGGAUUGUAUGGUAGUUCUGUUUCUAGCUUUUUAAGGAAGCAACAAAUCGAUUUCCAAAGUGCUUUUACAUUUUACAUUCCCAUCAGCAGUGUAUAAGUGUUCCAGUCUUUCCACAGCCUCUCCAACAUUUAUUAUUUUGUGUUUUUUGGGUUAAUGCUAGGCUUAUUGAGAUGAGAUGGUAUCUCAUUGUAGUUUUGAUUUGCAUUUCUCUUAUGGCUAAUGAUUGUGAGCAUUUCCUCAUGUAUCUGUUAGCCACCCAGAUGUCUUCUUUGGUGAAGUGUCUGUUCAUAUCCUUUGCCCAUUUUUUAAAUUUGGUUGUCUUUUUGUUGUUGAGGUUUUAACUGCUAGAUUUCAAUAAGAGCAUUGUGGCAUUUUACUUACCUGCCACCACCCACCGUUCCUCAGCAUGACAGUGGACAUGGGAACAUUGUCUUCUUGUUCCUGAGUGCCAAAGAGAGUGAUAUGAACCUUGUUCUCAAAGAACAAGUAGUUAUGUGUUUUGACCUGUCCGUUGGCUCAGGGGCUUGCCUUUGUUUUCCUCAGCUCAGAACUUUCUUGCUGCUGGAGAAGCCUCCUGAAUGGUGUUUCUCAAAAGUAUUUAAAGGAAAUUAUACUAGCUACAGCCACCUGAGACCAGGGCUAGCAUAUAGGAAAGGCAGUAGACAGACUGAAAAGCCUGAGAAGGAAGAAGCUGGGGAAGGAGAUAUAUGGGGGUAAAGCUUUGAAAAGCUUCCCCCAUAUACCAGGGAAUUUAGAAGGCCACAUGCAUGCCCAGGACUGAACACAUGCUUAGAAGACCUACAAAGACCCUAACAGUUCACCACUGGCUAACCCACAGGCUCCAUGCAAGCAGGAAGUGAAAGCAAGGCAGAGUUGUAAUGAGAUGAGCUAAACAUUGAAGGACUGCCCCAACACAGCUGAUCUUCAAAAACAAAGAGUAUUUCUUUUUGGCCGUAGGUGUUUAAGGAUAUCUCUGUCAAGUCACUAGUUGACCACUAGACCAUGAAAAAGAAUACAAUAAUUACAAAAAUAGUUUAGAAGUCAAUGAACAAAACUCCACAGCAAGCAGCAAGAACAAACCCUAGGAAGGGAGGAGAUCUGAGUUCCAGGGUUAUCACAUUACAAUAUUCCAAAUGUCUAUUUUUCAGCAAAAAUUACAAGACAGGCAAAGAUACAAGAAAUGCUGGCUCAUUGGCAGGAAAAAAGAAAGAAAUCUGAGCCUAGGAAGCCCAUACAUUGAAUUUACUAGAUGAAGACUUUAAAUCGUCUGUUGUAAAUAUGCACAAAGAGCUAAUGGGGAAGAUGAGAACAGUGUAUCACCAAUUAGAGAAUAUCAAUAAAGAGGGAAAAAAUUAUAUAAAGGAAACAAUAGAAAUUCUGGAACUAAAGAAGUACAAUAAUUAUAAUCACUGGGAGGGUCAAAAGCAGAUUUGAGCAGACAAGAGAAAGAUCAAUGAACUUGGAGCUAUGCCAAUUACAUCUGAGGAGCAGAAAGAAAAAGUAAUGAAGAAAAAUGAACAGAGCCCAGACAACCUGUGGGACAACAUCAAGUGUAACAACAUAUGCAUAAUAGGAGUCUCAGAAGGCAAGGAGAGAAAGAAAGGGGCAGAAAGAAUAGAUGAAAUAAUGGCUGAAAACUUCAUGGAUUUGAUGAAAGACAUAAAUUUUACACAUCCAAAAACUCAAUGAACUCCAAGUAGGAUAAACUCGAAAAGACCCACACCAAGACACAUUAUGAUCAAACAGUCAAAAGACAAAGAGAAUCUUAGAUGAAGCAAGAAAUAAGUGACUAACAACAUACAAGGCAUCCUCAAUAAGCUUAACAGCCAAUUUCUUAUCAGAGAUCAUGGAAGUCAAAAGACAGAUGACAUAUUUAAAGUUCUGAAAGAAAAAAAAAAGCUGUAAAGUAAAAAUUCUAUAUCUAGCAAAAUUGUCUCCAAAUUGAAGAAGCAACUAAGACAUUCCCGGAUAGACAAAACCUGAGGGAGUUCCUCAUUAGUACCACACAUGCCUACAAAAAUACUAAAGGAUCAAAGAAAAAUCUAGGGUCAGAUGGCUUUGCAGGUGAAUCCUACCAAACAUUUCAGGAAGGAUUAAUACCAAUCCUCUCAAUCUCUUCUGAAAAAUAGAAAAGAGGGAGCACUUCCUAACUCAUUCUAUGAAACCAGUAUACUUUCAUACCAAAGCCAAAGACCCUACAAGAAAAGAAAACUACAAAUGAAAUAUCCCUUAUGAAGACAGAUGAAAAAUCCUCAACAAAACACUAGCAAACCAAACCUAAAAGCAUAUUAAAAGGAUUAUACAUCAUGACCAAAUGG